ACCGUAACGUCAAGAUCAUCUACGCCGAUUUCUUUCGUCCAAUCAUGGAGAUGGUGGAGUCGCCACACAAGUUCGGUUUUGAAGAGGACGUACUAAUGGUGUGCUGUGGAGGGCCUGGAAGGUACGGAAUGAACGCGACGGUUCUAUGCGGCGAUGCAGCCGCGACGACGUGCCGGGAUCCGUCUGCUCGGCUGUACUGGGACGGCGUCCACUUGACAGAGGCGGCAAACCGACACCUCGCCGAUGUCUGGCUGGGCGAGAUCAACUCGUUCACUGGAGUGAGCACCAAGGAUUUGGAUCCCGAGUGCAAGUUUUUUCUCUCGGGGCACCGGAAUUCUCGGUUACCAUGAAAUCCCGGAAAAAAAUUCGGACGAAAUUUGAAAUUGAAUUUUGAAUUAAAAUUAUUUGAGUGUUCUAUAGAUAA